AACCCUGUUUCCGUACGGUCCGCCGUUCACAUACAGAUAAUUUCUGGUGAAAACUGAAGUCAUAAUUGAGCCCAAAAGUAGGAGCAGAAGUAGCUUUACCGGUUUCACCACUAUUAUGUUGCGUUUGUAAUUUCACAAGCUAAAACCGGCGGUACGUUCAUUACAAACGCUUCACCCUCUGUAGCAGUCUCCGAAAUGAAAAGAAACGGCGCCUACAGGUUUUUGUCUGUUUUCUCCUGCUUUAUCGUCUGCGCGUUCUUGUUUAUGUUUUGGUUCUUUGUAUUUUACUCAAUGGUGCUUGCACCAUAAAGACAAGAAACCGUAGCAAGUAAGCUAAAGCUUACCCACACUGCACUGCUUUAUUUACAAGACUCGCGAUCACAUGAUCUCCUUCACCAGGAAGUAAGGUUUUAUGCUUGUUGAACGUGGCGCCCUGUGAAGUGUAAUGGCAUCUGACAUCAGUGAGGCAUCGCCGUCCACUGCAGAACUUAAGCUGCAGUUUGCUCCUUUCAGCAGCGCUCUGGAAGCAGGCUUUUGGCAUGAGCUUACUCAGAAGAAACUCAAUGACUACAGAUUGGAUGAGAGUCCCAAAUGUAUCAAAGGAUACUACUACAAUGGUGAUCCUCUUGGUUUGCCAACCCGUCUGACUUUGGAGUACAGUGCAUUUGAUGUUGAUGGUUCAACUCCCGCUCGUUGCUGCCCAGCUUUGGGAACGCUGUACAACACCAACACUCUUGAUGCCUUUAAGACUACUGAUAAGAAGGCUCUGUUGGAGAAAGAAGCCAAGGAGAUUUGGGAUGCUAUACAGUCUGGAGCUGCACUGAAGGACCCGUCCAUCCUUUGUAGAUUUAUUCUCCUUACCUUUGCAGAUUUGAAGAAGUACAAUUUCUACUACUGGUUCUGCUUUCCUGCUCUCUGUUUCAAAGAGGCGAUAACGCUUGUCCGACCGCCCUCCGUCCUAGAUCAGGCUUUCUCUGCAAAGCAGAUUGCAGCCCUGCAGGAUGCUUAUGAUGGCCUGUGCAUCAAAACAGGAGCCACUGCAGUUCCUUAUUUCCUAAUAAAAUACACAGAUGAGUCAGUUCAGAUGGCCGUGCUGGGGGACUGGGAGACAUUUUUCAGUGAUACUAAGAAGGUUACUGUGGGUAUCUAUGAUCCGUGUACUCUGUCCCAACAUCCGGGCUGGCCUCUGAGGAAUCUACUGAUGCUUGUAGCUAACCAAUGGGGGUCUAAGCUGGACACAGUGGAGGUGCUGUGUUUUAGGGACAGAACUCUGCAGGGAAGCCGCUCCAUUCAACAGAGCGUCAUCUUCCAUGUCAAACUACCUGAGCUUCCCAACAACUCUGCUUGUCCCAAGAGUGUCGGCUGGGAGAAAAAUCCAAAAGGAGCCAUGGGACCCAGGAUGGUCAACCUCAGUGAAUGCAUGGACCCCAAACGGCUUGCAGAGUCUUCAGUAGACCUGAACCUGAAACUCAUGAGAUGGAGGCUGGUUCCUUCCCUGGACUUGGACAAAGUGAUCAACACAAAGUGUCUCCUUCUAGGUGCUGGGACACUUGGGUGCAAUGUGGCCCGGACACUCAUGGGAUGGGGAGUGCGACACAUUACAUUUGUAGACAACGCAAAGAUCUCAUACUCCAAUCCAGUGCGGCAGCCGCUUUAUGAGUUUGAGGACUGUCUUGGAGGUGGAAAGUCCAAAGCCAUGGCAGCUGUUGACCGACUUACCAAAAUCUUUCCCGGUGUGAACGCAGAAGGUUACAAUAUGAGCAUCCCCAUGCCUGGCCACCCAGUGAAUUUCUCUCAGGCCACUCUGUCCCAGGCCCAGAGAGAUGUCGAGCAGCUGGAAAAGCUAAUUGAAGAGCACGAUGUGGUCUUUUUACUAAUGGAUACAAGAGAGAGCCGCUGGCUGCCUACGGUUAUCGCUGCCAGCAAGAGGAAGCUAGUGGUGAAUGCUGCUCUAGGAUUCGACACAUUUGUCGUGAUGCGCCAUGGCUUGAAGAAACCUCCCAACAUUCAGAGCGUUUCCACCGAGCCGGACUCCUCCCCUUCCUGCUCCUCUGCCUCCUCGUCAUCCUCCACACCGGCCGGUGCUGCGCCCGCUGUCCCGGGAUCGUCUCUGUUUUCAAACAUCCCAGGGCACAAGCUUGGCUGCUACUUCUGCAAUGAUGUUGUGGCACCAGGAGAUUCAACCCGAGAUCGGACUCUGGAUCAGCAGUGCACAGUCAGCAGACCAGGCCUUGCCAUGAUUGCCGGAGCGUUGGCUGUUGAGAUGAUGGUCUCCAUUCUACAGCACAGUGAAGGAGGCUAUGCAGUGGCCAGCAGCAGCGAUGACAGAAUGAAUGAACCUCCCACCUCGCUCGGUCUCGUGCCACAUCAGAUUCGAGGCUUUCUUUCAAGGUUCGAUAAUGUCCUGCCUGCCAGCCUGGCCUUUGACAAAUGCACUGCCUGCUCCCCCAUUGUCUUAGACCACUAUGAGAGGGAAGGUUUCAGCUUCCUGUCCAAGGUUUUUAAUUCUUCCCAUUCAUUCCUGGAGGACCUGACGGGGCUGACUCUGCUGCACCAAGAGACACAGGCUGCAGAGAUUUGGGACAUGAGCGACGAUGAGAGCAUCUGAAAAACUGGCGGAGCAAGCCCUCAGAAGGACUAAACACAUCCAUCCAUACUUUCUUUUUUCUAAAGUAAAUCCUGUAUUUACAAAGACCAAGUUGUUUACGUAAUCAGCACCAAGCACAUGAGCAAAUAAAUAAAUGCUUUAAAAAGGCUGCUAAAAAGCUUUAAAAUUCCUAAUAGUCCUCAUUUGGAUUCAAGAUGGCCCAGAUCUUCAGAGCUGGGAAGUAAUCUAAUAAUAAGCAAUUAAGAAAAAGGCAACAAGACAAUAACUGAAAGCCUGAACAAGUUUUGAUUUUGUUUUGCUUUUGAUAUGUAAAACUGUUGAACUUACUAAAGAAUGUACCUGUUCCUGUCACCUGCUGUUGUCUAAACACACUUUAAGUCCCUGAACAAAAACACAACAAAACCUGCAAAAAAUAUUGGAACUAAAGAGUCUAAAAACACCAAGAAACUUCUCUGAAGUGCCACAGUUUCAAUCCCCUCCCAAGGUCUCUGCAUCAACACAUUUAAUGAUUUCACUGGAGAGAUCUUUGGCAAGGCAGUUACGACAUCUGUUCACUUAUUCAGUUUGAGAAAGAGCUUCGGAUAAGUUUUGAAAAUAAAAUACAGUUCUGCAGAUUCAUCCAUUUUUGGGGUCUUUUGAUUAGAGGCUGUGACACGUACAGUAGAAGUGAUGCUUAAACCAGCUUUGUUGCUAUGAAGCUUUCACUCAGAGAGGACUUGCAUACAGAUGUUACUGUGAUAUAAUUAGAACUGUGGAAGCUGUUGCUCUUGGUUUGUUGGUGUUGAUGCAUGUACAUGUUUGUGUAACUAUGUUUUUUCUGUGUUUAUUUCGUCCUCUGCAUUGGAAGUCUCAUCUGCAGUGAUGUAUUCAGUGUAUUCACAUGUACAUUUUAACAAAUGCUUGGAUAUUUAUGAGAGCUAUUGAGACUGACUCGAGUUUCAAUCAUGAGAAAGGAUCUGGUUUGUUUUCUGAUUAAUCUCGGAGCUGUUUUUCUCUUCUGUAUUAAAAAAACUGGAAUAAAAUCCAUUAUUUCUCUAUUAA